AUGUCGGGCGCAAAGAAACCCGGACAGAGGGAUCUGUCGCAGUUCAACUAUGGUGCCAUGUCGAGUUUGGUCGUCAAUCAGGACCGAUCCGUCGUCCGUACCGAUGAACCUACCGGCGCUCCUGAAUCCCUCGUCGGCCGUAUCAGCCUCAAAGAUAUGGGGUCCCGCGUCACCCGCGAAACUCCCGACGAGCUCAAAAAGCGGAAAGCAAAAGCGGCGAAACUAUCCUCGGCGGACGAGGUCGAGCGGAAUAUCCGGCGUCAGCAGGAAAAGACCAAUGCUCGAUUUGGGACGUCGGAUGUCCUCGAGGCGGUAGCGGAGCUCGAGGGGCUGCGGUAUCGGCCUCGGACGGCCGAGACACGCGAGGUGUACGAUCUCAUGUUGGGAUUGGUGCACCAGACGCUCGGGGAUCAGACGCAGGAGGUCGUCAGGUCCGCGACGGAUGCGGUGCUCGAGCAGCUCAAGAGCGAGGACUUGAAGGAGUUCGAUAAGCGCAAGGAGGCGGAGAGCGUGCUGGGACCCAUGAACGAGGAAGUCUGGAGCCAGUUCAUCAAUCUGAGCAAGAAGAUAUCGGACUAUGGAGAGGAGGAAGAAGUGGCGGCCGGGGACGAGCGGGAGCGGGCAGUGGAUAAUGAGGGAGUAGCCGUUUUGUUUGAAGACGACGAGGAUGAGGAGGAAGGGGACGAGGCGUUCGAAGUCAAGGGACGGGACUCGGAUGACGAGGAGGGCAGUGAAGAGGAUGAGGAUGAAGAGGACGAGGAGGAGUCAGGCGGCGAAGGAGUCGACGAGGAGGAAGCCCUUAUCCUCGGCAAGGAGCAGAAGGCGGCCAAGUCCAAAUCGGACAAGGUAUCGCCACAUCAGGUCGACGCUUUCUGGCUCCAACGUACGAUCGGUCAGUUCUAUACCGACCCCGUCCAAUCGUCCGACUUUACCACUCGCUCUUUCGACCUCCUCUCGUCCGAAGCGGAACUUCGGGACCUCGAAAACUCUCUCGCCGAGAUGUUUGGGUACGAAAACUUUGACCUCGUCGCUCUGCUCACCAAGAACCGGGAGGUUAUUGUUUGGUGUACCAAGCUGGCGCGGGCGAACGAGGAUGAGAAACACGAUGUCGAGGUGGCGAUGCGGGAGAAGGGAGCGGGGUGGAUUUUGCGGGAACUCCGGGGCGGUCAACCGAUCGGCGGCUCCGGGAACGCUGCGGAAGCUUCAUCCGUUCCAUCUAAAGCCAACCUCGCGCCCGGCUCGGUUGCUCAACCCCGCAAAGUCAUCGACAUUGACUCGCUCAUCUUUACCGAGGGCGGACACCUCAUGUCCCGUAAGAAAGUCAAGCUGCCGGAAGGAAGUUUCAAGCGGCAGAUGAAGGGGUACGAGGAGAUCCACGUGCCUGAGCCCAAGCGGAGAGAGGCUGGGGAGAAUGAGUGGAUGCCGGUCAAGCGGAUGCCGGAGUGGACACAGCCGGUCUGGGCGAGCGUCAAGGCGGAGCGUUUAAACCCUAUCCAGACGAGGGUGUUCCCCAUCGCGUUCGAGUCGAACGAGCCCAUGUUGAUUUGUGCGCCAACUGGAGCAGGAAAGACCAAUUGCGCCGCGCUCGCCAUCCUCCGCACCAUCGGCCAAUUCCGGGACCCCGAGACCGGCUACAUUGAUCGGGACGCCUUCAAAAUCAUCUACGUUUCGCCGAUGAAGGCCUUGGUCCAGGAGCAGGUCGCUGCCUUCUCCAAGCGGUUCGCGGCGCUCGACAUCCGGGUCGCCGAGUUGACUGGUGAUAGCCAGUUGACCAAGCAACAAAUCUCGGAAACGCAAAUCAUCGUCACUACCCCUGAGAAAUGGGAUGUCAUCACCCGUAAAUCCACCGACACCUCCUACACCAACCUCGUCCGGCUCAUUAUCGUCGACGAGAUCCAUCUCCUGCAUGAUGACCGAGGACCGGUCCUCGAGUCAAUCUUGGCACGUACGAUCCGGCGCAUGGACCAGACGCACGACGAGGUCAGAGUCGUCGGUCUCUCGGCUACUCUACCCAACUACAAGGACGUGGCCGCCUUCCUCCGGGUCGACGUCAAGAAGGGUCUCUUCUUCUUUGACGCGACGUAUCGUCCCGUCGGGCUCAAGCAGCAGUUCAUCGGUGUCACGGAGAAGAAGGCAAUCAAGCGGCUCCAGACCAUCAAUGAGGUGUGCUACGAGAAGGUGCUCAACCAAGCGGGCAAGUCGCAGACGAUCGUCUUUGUGCACUCGCGCAAGGAGACGGCGAAAACGGCCAAAUUCCUCCGGGAUACGGCGAUGGAGAAGGAGACCAUCACGCAAUUCAUCAACCCAGAAGGCGCGUCCCGCGAGGUGCUGCUGCACGAGGCGAACGAAUCGAAGGAUGGGAACCUCAAGGAUCUCCUUCCGUUCGGUUUCGGGAUACACCACGCGGGUAUGACGAGGGAAGACCGGACGACGGUCGAGGAGCUGUUCUUUGACGGCCAUAUCCAGGUGCUGUGCUGUACGGCUACCCUGGCGUGGGGAGUCAACCUGCCCGCGCACACGGUCAUCAUCAAGGGGACGCAGAUCUAUAACCCCGAAAAGGGGAAGUGGUGCGAGUUGUCCCCGCAGGAUGUGCUCCAGAUGCUGGGGAGAGCGGGUCGGCCGCAGUUCGAUACCUAUGGCGAAGGGAUCAUCAUCACCAACCACGGCGAAUUGCAGUACUAUACGAGUCUGAUGAACCAGCAACUCCCCAUCGAGAGUCAGUUCGUCAGUCGGAUGGUGGACAAUCUGAAUGCGGAGAUUGUGCUGGGGACAGUGAGAAAUAGGGAUGAGGGAGUGCAGUGGCUGGGGUAUACAUAUCUCUACGUCAGGAUGAUCGGCUCGCCGGCUUUGUACAAUGUCGGCGCAGAUUACCAAGAGGGCGACCCGACUUUGAUUCAGAAGCGAGCCGAUCUCGUUCACUCUGCCGCUGUGCUGCUCGAGAAGGGCGGUCUCAUCCGGUACGACCGCAACACCGGUAUAUUCCAAUCUACCGACCUCGGCCGGAUCGCCUCGCACUACUACGUCACCUACUCGUCCAUGUCGGUCUACAACAAGCACCUCAAACCCAACAUGAACAUGAUCGACCUCUUCCGGGUGUUUGCGCUCUCGAACGAGUUCAAGCUCAUCCCGGUAAGGCAAGAGGAGAAGCUCGAGCUGGCCAAGCUGCUCGAGCGAGUCCCCAUCCCCGUCAAGGAAGGCGUCGAGGAGCCCGUCUCCAAGGUCAACGUCCUACUCCAGACGUACAUCUCCCAGCUCAAACUCGGCGGAUUCGAUAUCGUCACCGACAUGGUCUUCAUCCAGCAGUCGGCCGGGCGUAUCCUGCGGGCGAUGUUUGAGAUCUGUCUCAAGAAGGGUUGGGCGGGUCCCAUGCGCUUUGCGCUAGACUUGUGCAAGAUGGUGGAGCGGAGAAUGUGGAAGUCCAUGUCGCCCCUCCGGCAAUUCCCUCGGAUCCGACAGGAGAUCAUUACCAAGGCGGAACGGAAGGACUUCCCAUGGUACCGGUACUUUGACCUGGACGCGACGGAGCUCGGCGAGCUGAUCGGUCUGCCCAAGUCCGGUCAGCUCAUUGAGAGCUUGGUCCACAAGUUCCCGCGGCUCGAUAUCCAGGCGCACGUCCUGCCCCUCACGCGGUCUCUGCUCAAGAUCAACGUCACCAUCACCCCGGACUUCCAGUGGGACUAUGAUAUUCACGGAACGGUCCAGGCGUUCUGGAUCAUUGUGGAGGAUGUGGACGGAGAGAACAUCCUCUACCAUGAUCAAUUCCUCCUCCGCCAGCGGUUCGCGCAGGAUGAGCACUACGUGACCAUCACUGUCCCGAUCUCGGAACCCGUCCCGCCCAACUACUACAUUUCGGUCAUUUCGGACCGGUGGAUCCAGGCGGAGACCCGACUACCCAUCUCCUUCCAACACCUCAUCCGGCCUGAACCCUUCCCCCCUCACACUGCUCUGCUCGAUUUGCAGUCCCUCCCCGUCUCGGCGCUCCACAACAAGGAGUUUGAGUCCCUCUACGCGUUCGACAACUUCAACAAGAUCCAGACGCAGGUCUUCCAGGCGCUGUUUACGACCGACGACAAUGUCUUUGUCGGCGCGCCAGCGGGGUCGGGCAAGACGAUCUGCGCAGAAUUUGCGCUGCUCCGUCUCUGGAGCAAGAGGGAUCCACCACGCGCUGUCUGCAUCGAGCCAUAUCAGGAGAUGGUGGAUAUGCGGGUCAGCGAGUGGGCGGACAAGUUCUCCGACUUGUCCAAGGAGGUCGUCGCGCUUACUGGCGAGUCGACGGCAGAUCUUGCACUCCUCCGCAAGGCGGACCUCGUCGUCUGUACCCCGGCACAAUGGGAUCUGCUCUCCCGUCGGUGGAAGACAAGGAAGGACGUCCAGAACAUCGGGCUGCUCAUCGCCGACGAGCUGCAAUUGAUCGGAGGUGACGUCGGGUCAACAUACGAAGUCAUCGUCUCUCGAACACGGUACGUCUCGCAGCAGACCGGCGUGAAGACGCGGAUCGUCGCAUGCUCGGUCUCCCUUUCUAACGCGCGGGAUCUCGGAGACUGGAUCGGAUGCUCCUCGCAGACCAUCUUCAACUUUUCCCCCUCGGCCCGCCCGCUCCCGCUCGAAGUACACCUUCAGUCCUUCAACGUACCCCACUUCCCAUCCCUCAUGCUCGCCAUGGCGAAACCGGCCUACCUCGCCAUGGUCGAGCACGCCGCCAAUCGCCCAACGAUCCUCUUCGUACCGAGCAGGAAGCAGUGCAAGUUGACUGCAAACGAUAUCUUGACGUAUGUCAUGGCGGACGAGGAGGAGGGGCGGUUCUUGAAUGUCGAAGAGGCCGAGCUGGCGCCGCACCUCGAGCGGAUAGAGGAUAGGGAUCUGGCAGAGACCCUCAAGUACGGGAUUGCGUACUAUCACGAGGCGCUGAGCAAGAUGGACAAGCGGAUCGUCACUGCCUUGUUUGAGGAAGGCGCGAUCAAGGUUUUGGUUGCUUCCAAGGACACCGCAUGGUCCCUCCCCGUCAGCGCGUACAUGGUCGUCAUUAUGGGCGUGCAAACGUACGACGGGCAGGAACACCGCUAUGUCGACUAUGCCAUCGCGGACGUCCUCCAGAUGAUGGGCCGGGCUUGCCGUCCUAUGGUCGACACCUCGUCCCGCUGUAUCCUCAUGUGCCAGCAGACCCGCAAGGACUUCUUCAAGAAGUUCUUGAAUGAGGCGCUGCCGGUCGAGUCGUCGCUGCCCAACUAUCUCCACGACCACUUUAACGCCGAGAUUGUCGCCAAGACGAUCGAGAAUAAGCAGGACGCGGUGGACUGGUGUACCUGGACAUGGUUCUAUCGGCGGUUGAUGCAGAACCCAGGGUUCUACAACCUGCAAGGGACGACUCCCACGCACGUCGCCGACUACCUCUCGGAGCUGGUCGAGUCUACCCUUACCGACCUGGUCAACUCGGACUGCAUCAUGGUGCAGGACGAGAUGGACACGCUGCCCAACAAUCUGGGUAUGAUUGCCUCCUUCUACUACAUUUCCUACGUCACCGUCGAGACCUUCUCGGCGUCCAUCAAGGAGACGACCAAGCUCAAGGGCCUCCUCGAGAUCGUCUCGUCCGCUCACGAGUUCGAGACCAUCCCUAUCCGGCACCACGAGGACUCGCUCCUCGAGCGGAUAUACGACCGGGUCCCCGUCAAGGUCGCCAAGGUCGACUACAACUCGCCGUACUUCAAGACGUACCUCCUCCUCCAGGCUCACUUUUCGCGCAUGUCCCUCCCACCUGAUCUGGCGACGGAUCAGGCGGUCAUCCUGGGUAAAGUCACCGGACUGCUCUCGGCGAUGGUGGAUGUCAUGUCGAGUAAGAGCUACCUGGGAUGCCUUGGCGCCAUGGACCUCAGCCAGAUGUGUGUCCAGGCGGUAUGGGACAGAGAUAGCCCGUUGAAGCAGGUGCCGUACUUUGAUGGCGAGGUGCUGGGGCGGUUCAAGAAGGAGGGGCUGGAUAGCGUGUAUGAUAUCAUGGAGCUGGAGGAUGAUAAGCGAAGCGAGCUGCUGCAGAUGAACGAGAGGCAACUGGCACGAGUGGCCAAAUUUGUCAACUCCUACCCCAACAUCGAAGUCUCGUACGCCAUCGACUCGCCCGAAUCCCUAACAUCCUCCGAACCCAUCACGCUCAACGUCACGCUCGACCGCGAGGCAGACGAAUCCAACCCGGACGACCAGCUCGCCGACGCCCCCCUCUUCCCUCAUAAAAAGAUGGUCUCGUGGUGGCUUGUCGUCGGGACCGGUUCUGGCCCGAGCAAGACGCUAUACGCCAUCAAAAAGGUCACAGUCAAGGAACGGCUCGAGGUCAAGCUUGACUUCAACUUGCCGGCGGGCGAGCAUGGGCUCAAGCUGUUCUUGAUCUGUGAUAGUUAUGCGGGGGCGGACCAGGACUUUGAGAUUGAGAAGAUCAAGGUGGAGGAAGGGGAGAGUGAUGAUGAGGAGGAGGAGAGCGAUGAGGAGGAGGGCGGGGAGCCGAUGGACCAGGACUAG